AAUAACGAAGAAUUUACCCUGCAUGACAUAGAGCCUGGAACCCUAUCAGCUUCUACAGCCUUCUCGAUUUUACGAGCCGUUGAAAUAUUUUUCUGGUCGGUGAAGAUUCGCCCACGUGGCAUUUGUGACUUGUCAUGGGGCCGACAUAAUUUUGUGAAGCACAACUCCACUCGCCUUCAGCUUGCAUUCACACCACCCUAUACAGCAAACCAACCGUUCCUGGAGUUGCCAAGUCUGCCGAUAUCGGUCACGUCGCAAUAUGGCCGAGAAGCGCAAAAAUGAGGACGAGGUCCCAGGCGGAUCGUUAUCCUCGCGUGAACAGUCCUGCGUUGAUGAAUCAAGGACGGUUGAGUCACGUCUCACUUUCUCAAAUGACGAUGCAGUCCGAGACCGUCGUUUUGCAGAGUUGUACUCAAAGCCUCCAGAUUUCAAAGAGCUAGCACAGCUAGAUCCAGAUUUUGCUGACCUGUGGAACCAACGGAAACCCGACUUCUUCAACGAUCCAAAGUGUGUCAUGCAGCUGACCAAGACACUCCUCAAAUUGGAUUUUGACUUGCAGAUUGAGCUCCCCGAUGAUAGGCUGUGCCCUCCUGUUACGAACAGACACAACUAUUUGCUGUGGCUCAAAGGUCUCCUGGACACUACCACCUACGAAAAGCCAGACCGUAAAAUGGUUGGUCUUGACAUUGGCACUGGGGCAAGCUGCAUUUAUCCGCUUCUCGGCUGCGCUCAGAGACCAUGGUCCUUUAUCGCUACCGAUAUCGAUACGAGGAGUCUCGAAUUUGCAAGGAAAAAUGUAGCACUGAACAACCUCCAGGACCGGAUCAAUGUUGUGCAGCGAAAACCAGAGGACUCAGUCAUUCCCCUUGAUGACCUCGGCAUCGACACUAUCGACUUCACCAUGAAUAACCCCCCAUUCUAUAAAUCCGAAGAGGACAUGGCCAACAGUGCUGCACAAAAGUCUCGACCUCCACUGAGCGCAUGUACAGGAGCAAAAGUCGAAAUGGUCACCGACGGUGGCGAAGUGGGUUUCGUUGAUCGCAUUCUGCGGGAGUCGCUCAUUCUGCGCGAGCGUGUGCAGUGGUAUACGGCCAUGUUCGGAUUCCUCACCAGCAUUGUGGAGUUCAUCGAGAAGCUCCGCAAGAACGGCAUCGACAACUACGCCGUUACCGAGUUUGUGCAGGGAUCCAAGACCCGGCGGUGGGCCAUUGCCUGGAGCUUCGGGCCCAUGCGACCAACCCAGGAAGUGGCUCGUGGUAUUACAACCGCAGUAUCGAAGAGCAUCCUUCCUGAUAUCACAGAGGUUGAAGUAGCCAAGAUUCCCACCCCAGAAAAGGUCGGCGAAUUCGCAAACAACCUCAGCGCUGCAGUAGGGAAGCUGGAAAUGAUUUCUUGGGAGUGGGAUCGAACUCGGAUGGAAGGCGUGGGACGCACAGUGGACAAAGUAUGGGCUCGUGCUUGGCGUAGGCGAAAGCAGCGAGAGAUGCAAGUUGGGAAAGAUAACAAGAAAACUGAGGAUACGGAGGGGAAAAAGUGCGUGUUUGCCUUCAAACUGUUUAUCCGAGUGGGAAAGGAACAGGUCACGGUUGGGUGCCGGUGGGUGGAGGGCCACGAUGCGACUGCGUUUGAAAGUUUCCAGGGAUUCUUAAAGUCGACUACGCGGUCAGUUUUGGAGGCAAAGACUGAUGAGAACAUCAACUAGUAAAUAUGAAAUGUUUCAUCAAGUUAUUGAAA